ACAAGCUUUGCUGCCGCGGCUCCCUCUUCCCAGCUUUCAUCACUUCCGUGCAAAGGCCAACCUGCCUUACUCCUCUUAUUCCAGCUACCUGCUGGCUGCGAGAGCGUCUGACCUGCUCCCUCCUCCUGCCCUUUCCGACAGCUCCUGCUGGAAAGAAGGCGAAACCUCGAUGGCUUGCCCACUCUUGUAAAGACCUCCUGAAAGGAUGGGAAUGAUUUUUCCUCUCUGUCUGAGGCUUCCUUCUCCAGCCUAUUGUUUCAGACAACAGAUAUAAGUUGCGAUGGGAGAGGAACGUCGGAUUUGGUGUCUGUCCCCCAUUUCCAAUUAUAGAUGGAUCAUUACAGACAGAGAAGUCCUGAGAAUCCAGACAUCUGCUCUUCACAUGAAUGCACUCACCUCCUAGAGGACAGCCCGCCAUCAUGCUCUGGAAACUGGUGGAAAAUGUGAAAUACGAAGACAUCUACGAGGACCGGCACGAUGGAGUCCCCAGCCACAGUUCCCGGCUGUCCCAGCUGGGCUCGGUCUCGCAAGGCCCUUACUCCAGCGCCCCUCCGCUCUCUCACACGCCUUCCUCGGACUUCCAGCCGCCCUACUUCCCGCCGCCCUACCAGCCUCUUCCUUACCACCAGAGCCAGGACCCUUACUCCCACGUUAAUGACCCCUACGCCCUAAACCCGCUGCAUCAGCCCCAGCAGCAUCCCUGGGGGCAGCGACAGCGGCAAGAAGUGGGCUCCGACGCCGGCUCGCUGCUGCCCCAGCCACGGGCUUCUUUGCCGCAGCUCUCGGGCCUCGACCCGCGACGGGACUACCACUCCGUCAGGCGGCCAGACGUCCUUCUCCAUUCGGCUCACCAUGGCCUGGACUCCGGCAUGGGCGACGCGCUUUCCCUCCACGGCAUCGGGCAUCCCGGCAUGGAGGAUGUGCAGGCAGUAGAAGAUGCUAAUAACAGCGGCAUGAACCUGCUGGACCAGUCGGUCAUCAAAAAAGUUCCAGUUCCUCCAAAAUCUGUUACUUCUCUGAUGAUGAACAAAGAUGGCUUCCUUGGUGGUGUGUCUGUAAACACAGGUGAAGUGUUUUGUUCGGUCCCUGGGAGGCUCUCCUUGCUCAGUUCAACAUCCAAGUACAAAGUCACUGUUGGAGAAGUUCAACGGCGCCUUUCACCUCCUGAGUGCUUAAACGCUUCCCUCCUUGGCGGUGUCCUUAGAAGAGCCAAAUCGAAAAACGGGGGGCGAUCGUUGCGAGAGCGGCUAGAAAAAAUUGGUUUGAAUUUACCAGCCGGCAGGCGCAAAGCGGCAAAUGUCACUUUACUCACCUCCCUGGUGGAAGGAGAAGCUGUACAUUUAGCUCGGGAUUUUGGAUACAUCUGUGAAACUGAAUUCCCAGCCAAAGCAGUUUCUGAAUACCUGAACAGACAGCACACAGACCCUACUGAUCUCCACUCCCGAAAAAAUAUGCUGCUUGCCACUAAGCAAAUGUGUAAAGAAUUUACUGAUCUUUUGGCCCAAGACCGGACACCCAUUGGCAAUAGCCGACCAACACCCAUCUUGGAGCCAGGGAUCCAGAGCUGCUUGACUCACUUCAGUCUCAUCACUCAUGGCUUUGGUUCCCCAGCCAUCUGUGCUGCCCUGACUGCUCUCCAGAAUUACCUGACGGAAGCUCUCAAAGGCAUGGACAAGAUGUUCUUGAACAACAACUCUGCUAACAGGCACACUUCUGGGGAAGGACCAGGUAGUAAAACCGGAGACAAGGAAGAAAAGCACAGAAAAUGAAAAGAGAGAGAGAGAGAGAAAUCAGAAAACAAGCUAAUGAAAAUAGGGGGUAAAACAGAAAGAAAAGGAGAGAUUGAGAGCGAUCCUUUGGGAGGAAAAACAUUUAAUUUUAGCUUUAAAUUAUUGGAUUGGGUUUUGGAAGAAUUACACUAGGUAGGUCACAUCUGCAAGUAAUUUUUAAAAGAAAAUAAGGUUCAGAGGCGCACAGUGGAACAGGAAGAGUGGCUCUGGCAAAGGAACUUUUGAAGAUAACAUCCAGGAUUUUUCACUUCUAUCAUCCCACAAUACUUUUUUAAAAUAAUUUUUGGUGGGGAUGAAAUUAUAACAGAUAAAAGCAAUCAAUAAUUUAUUGGAAGAAUCAUUUUGAUAAUGUUGCUAUGUUGGCCGAGGUACACAGUCUGUUUCUGUAUUAUUACUAUUUUUAAAAAAACCUAUCUAAAGUAGAAAAAAAAACCUAAGGGAUGGAUAUAUUUUAUAUUGGACUGUCCCAUCCAGAGCAAGUUUCCUGAUUUUGUGCAAAAUUUUUGCUGUUCUCUCUCUGUGUGGUCUGAAUAGCUGGGCCUCGAAUUGGUCAGUAGCAUUUGGCCAAAGUAUUUCCUAAUAGUGGGGAAAAAGGGGGAAAUAUGGGUCUGUCCAAACCAUGAGUCCUUAAGAAGAAUUGUUAGUAACUACACACAGAGGGGAUGGGUUCUGGCUGUGAAAAUGUUAAAAUGUAACCAACUACAGUAUAUGGAUAAGUAAGUGGAAGAGCUAAUGGAUUGCUCCCAGGUGCUUCUGCUUGCUCUGGAUACCUACCUAAAGUGUUAAUCAAAAACUACCCACUUAACAUAUUUAAUCCUGAAACUUGGGGGCUGCAAAUAAUCAUUUUUUUCUAUCCAUAAGGAUGUGUAUAAUUUGUGUAUAUAUGCUCCAUUGAGGUAUUGGAUUGGAUCCAGACUUGGUCAUAUUUGGAGGAGAUCUGUUGUAAUCAAAAUUAGCCAUUAUAACUCUAGACCUACAACUCAGCAUGACUAAGUCUGAAACCAAAUAACUGACCAUGAGUCAAACCUUUGUUUCAUAAUAAUAUAUGCCUAUCAUGAAGUAAACAUUUUCAUGAAGUUGUACCUGUGGAAAAACAAGUUGCACGGGGAUGCAACAACUGUGAAGAACAGGAAAGGGAAAAGGAACAUUUCUUUUUGUGGAUAGAUAUAAAGAUCAACAUGCCUUUUCUUUUCAAUUGCAACUUUUUUCAUAACUACUGUUGUAUGGAGGGCAAAUGUUACUACUGAAAUGGCCCUGUGCCUGAAACUGGUAAUCUUUAUUCCUAGUUUGUUUGAUAAAAAAAAUUCUAAAAUACACAUGGAGCUCUCACCUGGAACACUACCUUUUACAUUUCUAUGAAAUAACUUGUCCUAUUGAAGGGGAGGGUUGGCAGUGCCCCAACAAGAGGCACAGAUGUGUGCUACAAAAGUGAAAAUCCAUGUAGGGAAGAGACUCAUGUAUGCAUUGGAGUGCAGUUAGGCCUCCUAGUCUGGGAACAGUAAUGGUACAGAUAAUGUCACAUUUUUAUACUAAAAUUUGAGCAAUGACUGCCUCUCUUUAAAAUGUCUCAGAUCACAGACACACUCUUUGUUCUUUUAAAGAAAUGUUAAUAAGAAGAAUGUCUUGAUAAGUAUGUUAAACCUUCUCAGAAGUAUGCACCUUUUUAAUUUUCUUCUGUUUCCCAAAGCUUUGCCCGCUUGGCUUAUGAGCUUCUUCAAAGAGGACUAGAGCUCCGUACACAUUUCAUCAGGUACUGAGAUGAAAAUCCACAAUUCUGACACUUUUCCUUUUCAAAUCAAAGUCAGUUGUUUUGGAAUUCUGUAGAUGUACUUCUUUAAAGAAGCUCAAAGGGAAUAGAUUAAGGCUUCACUAACUGAACAAGUGAUGCUGAUUUAGAAGGAAAUACUAUGUCCUCCAAAUUUUAUAUAUAUAUAAUAUAUGGUGGGGCAAUAGUGUUUGAUGCACAGAGUAAAAGCAGAUAUUACCUUCUCUAAAAGAGGAAAUAUAAGAAUCAUGGUUCAUUAUUAAAUUACUAUCUAAAUUUAAGGAAAUCAGUUUCCCCUCGUUAUCAAAGGAGUGUUGCAAAUUUUGCCUUGGAAGACAAAUAGUUGUCUUGACCCUGGGGUGGAAGAGGAGGAAUUGGCCAUUUCCCAAUAACUUGCAGUGAUUAAGUAUGAAUUACAUUUAAAAAAAAUUAACUCCUAUUUUGGAGUAGGUAGGAAAAUAAACCAUCCUUAAGGGGAAAAUGAAUGUUACCCUGCAUGUUAUCACUUUGCAAAAGUUUUGUUGAUUUGACAGUGGCUAUGGUAUUUCAUGCAUUUUGAAAGAUUGUUUCCCUUUGUCACAACAGCUUGUGUCUAUGCUUCAUUUUGGCCUCAUAUACUGAAUUCAUUCUAGAAGAUGAGAAUAGGAUAAAGAUGUAUUAUGCCUGCCACCCUGAUCCUUAACACAUUAUAUGGCUGUAAGUUCCAUUAAUUUUGGUGGAAUUUAAUUCCACUUAAGGGAACAUUGAAGGCUUGGGUCUAUGGCUAAUCAUCCAUGCGGAAGUCAAUUUUUUAUUUAAAAUGCAGUUUUCAAAUGCUAUUUGGGUACUUGCAGUUUUCAAUAAAAGUUAGAUCAUUUCACACUAUAAACUGCGAUCACAUAAUACAGCAGUGGUUAAUUUUUCAUUUGAAGCAACUGCACAUAUCAUAUGCCAGACAGUUGCAUCUUUUGCAGCAUAUAUACAGAAAUGUAUCAAUGUGCAGAUGCUUGAAAUAUUUUUAAUUUAUAAUUGUCAGUACUUUUUCCAUAUAGCAAGCUAUAUACCAUAGGUGCUAAAUUAUGCAUUGUGCAUUUAAAAGGUGACCCUGUGAUUCCUAAUUCCCAACCAAGCCAAUUAAGAUGUACUUGAAACUAUUCUUUCACAUCAAGUGAUUUUGGUGUCAUGAAUUCACCUUUUUGUUUGUUUUUAUCUAUGGACAUAUUAAGGCACCAUUUCUGAGUAUAUUUAUCUAGGCAGGAAAGUUCAUCAAUCUAUGAAGCAUCCAUCCAUAUAUAGCAUUUAAUUACUAAAAUUGCAGUUCUAUUGACUUUAAUAGGAAUUGAUUUAAUGGUAACUAAAUUCAGUUGUGGGAGAAGUUGCAAAUUCUGAUCUUAAUUCAUAUCUGUCCAAUUUCAGUGAUGUUUUAGGAGGAUGAGUAAUUAAACACAGUAUUUUUACAAUAAGAUUGUGAUCAUGGCUAUUGCAAAACUUGAAAAAUAUUAACUGAGCUUCCAUAUGGCAUUAAUUCAUUUUAAUUAGGAAUGUAGUAAAACAAUAGUUAUGGUCAAAAUACUUUUUUAUUUUUUGGAGAGUGAUAUCUUAGUGUAGCCAUUGUACUCUACUUGAGGAAAAAAAUGUUGGUUCAUUUUUGCUGUCUUGAGUACUAGUGUUUUUUUAAAAAGCUGCCCAAUUUAACAAGGCAAUUAAUAGGCAAUUAACAAUUAAUAUAUUAAAUAUUGCAGUUUAGUAGGAACUGUCCCUAAGGAAAAAGAAAUGUGUUCAUCAUGAAACACAGUAAAGUCAAAACUGCAGUUCCAUCUACCCAGUUUGCUAUAUUUAUUUUUCAGAGAAUUGAGUAUGUGUUUGACUUGAUCCUAUUAAAGCCAAUGGAAUUUAAAUGUGUUUAAUAUUGACUGGAUUACACAGCAUUCUUUUAAAAUAACUUCCUUUAUACGACAUACUUGAAAAUUGUAUCUUGUUUGUAUGUCUUGUCCAUUCCAAUAUCCAGAAAGAAAGAAGAUAGGAAAGACAAUGGAUCUUUAUGUUCAUACUAUUUUAGAGGACACUUUAUGGUACUUGAAGGCAAUUGCAGUAUUGAUUGCUUUUAUCUUUUCUCUGAAUUUAGUGUUUCUUGCCUAAUUUUAUAAAUAUAGCAAGUUUCCUAUUGCAAAAUAAAAAUAAUUUACUAUUCGUCCUGUUGAUAUGAACAUGAAAGAUCCAAAUUUAAUUAACAUUAAAAAGGCCUACUGAGGAAAUAUUCCAUUACUUAAAAUUCAACUGCUUGUGCCUAACAUACAGAUUAUCAUUAAAUUAAACAAGACAUUGAGGCAGAAGAAUUGAAAAGCUGAACAGCUAAUCAGGAGAUAUUUUGCUCUUAAUGGACAUGUAACUGAUAUCGAUUACUGAAUCACUUGCCUUUUACUUUUAAAUGCUGCUAAAGUUUGUUGCAUAACAUCCCAGGGAACCUGAUUUGCUGUUUUAGAAUAAAAAUUGAACGAUUAUUUGGGUAUGGGAAGACCAAUUAUUAAUUAGCUUUAAAGAGCAGGUGUUUGGAGGCAUUAUUUGGUAAGCAUGUUCCAAUCUCAGCUUGCUGACCCUCAAACUAAUUUUGUGUAUACAUAUGAAAGACAGAAGGAAAUAGAAAGAAGUGCUUUUUUACUGGAUAGGAUCUUCUGCCCCAAUAACUUGUUAACUAUUCCAGGAGAAUAUUCUUUCACAAGGUGUUUUUUUUUUUUGGUAUCACCAACAGAUUCUGUGACCCUGCAGCAGAAUGCACAAAUGGAUUGAGCAGUAUUGUCUACACACUGAUUGGCAUCUUCAUAUUUUCAGAGAUACAUUUUGUGCAAUCCAUCCUUUGCUAUGCCAAGCCCUACUCUUCCCCCAUCCCUUAUUUUUGGUAAUUUUAUUCCUCAUCCCAUCAGUGUUCUUAGAAGCUAAUAAUCUGACCCAUCUACUUUUAAGGUUUUUUUUUCUUAAAGAGCUUUGUAAAUUACUCAAGUAUAUAAAAAAUUGGCUGCCAGUGCUACUGUUACAUUACAGCUGCAGGACCCAACUUUUUCUUGAAGCAAUGUAUUAAAAUAUUAGUUAUCAAUACAGUCUUAAAAGUAAUUGAUACCAUUUAAAUCUCAUGAGUAAACACAUGAGAUUAAUUUAUGAGUAAAAUAAAUUUAUGGUAAGAUUAAUUUAUGAAUCAAUGAUACCUUGGUGAAAUAAAAAUAAAACAGUAUUUCUCACUUUUCUAAAUCCUGUAAAACCAUAUGACAUUUCAGCACUACAUAUACAGUUCCACUACUGAUGAAUUACAUCAUGAAGUCAGUGCACAAAAUUUUGUCUUACACAGCACUUUUGUACUGUGUCCCCUGCUUAAAGGGUGGUAUUGUAUAACUGGAGGAAACAGUUUGGUAUCCCCAUGGACUGCAGUUGUAGAAAAAAUAUCUUUGAUCAAAACUCUUUAAAAUGUCUGAGGAAAACUGAAUGUUUUGAUUACACAGGGAAAACAUAGCAUUACCAUUUUAAUUCAUUUAAUUUUCCCAGUAUUAUUGCAGGAUUGGGGGAGUAAGAAUGAAAUUCUUGUCUCAGCUAAUACUUAAAUAGGAAGAAACAAAUUUGCAAUAUCAUUAAAAGUAGCUCAUAAUAUAAUUUUUAGCAGAAGAAACUAUUUGAAAAUUCCUGUGUAUCAAACUGCUGUAAAAGAAUCUAGUAGGAGAAAACCAGCAUUCCUAAAUUCAGAGAAAAUUCUGUUGAAAAAUAAUAUAGUUUUGAAAUUAUAUACAUUUGUGACAGCUAAAAGCAGGUAUACUGUUGGUUCUCUUGCUAUUCAUUUCUGCUCUUUGAUGAGAAUGUAACGUUUUCCCAUUCUCUGCAUUAUGAUGCUUCAUCUAUUGCACUUACUGGUAUUUUAAACACCAUUCCACCAAAGACUAUGACCUGCAAUAGAUCAUAGUCUUUGGUGGAACAGAUCCUCCCAGGCAUAGAAAUGAUGUGAGGCUUUACCAAAGGCUCCCCCAAAGUCACUUGAAAUAAAGCAAUUGUCUCCCUCUUGAAUAAUCCAAUUGUUAAAUCAACCUUAUUCUCCAUUAUUAUAAAAUUAAGAUUGGCUGCUCCUUGGUUGUGUCACUUAAAAACUAAAUUUGGAACACACUGACAAAUACUGAGCUCAGGCUCUUGUGCUUCCUGCACAUCUCGUUCUAUGCUUGGGAAUUGUUCUUUAUUUAAAUAUUCUGUUGUGUAUGAAUAAAUACACAUAUGGCUAGAGUAGUUUUGUUAUAACCCAUCCCCUACCCCCAAAAUUUAAAAGAGAGACCACUGGUAGUUGUUCUGAAGCCAAACAGGUGUGCUACCAUGUGUAAUCUUCUGAUAAUUUGGAAUGUCCCUUUACAUAGCUCUCCAGUUCUGACAAGUACAGUUAGCAUCAUCAAUCAAUGGCAAAAGCUGAUAGAGUGGUCAAUACCAUCUGCAAAGCUCCUAUUCUCACCCAGGAAUCUUAUUUCUGAUAGUUCCCAGUCUGUUUUUCAGCUACAUGAAGUAAGAAGAAUUGAUGCUAUGAAUAACAGAGGUUCUUGUCACCUGUUGUUUCUUCUGGCUGUCAGCAGCUUCACAUUCAACAGGUGCAACUUUUCCUCUUACUGUCUUUUGGCCAGCUUUGCAGUAGAUAAAGUCUCUGAGCCACAUAGUAAUACAAUCGCCUUACUGGAAACAUUCUAUAUGAUUUCUAGAGUAAUUUAGAGAGUAAGGUUGCAUUAGUCAUGAAUAUUUAAGAUCUGCAUCUUAAGGAAAAUGGUUUGAAAGGGAAUUUCUAAAAUUUGUUUUAAAUGAAACUUUUUCACUUUAGGUUUAGUAUAUGGAUGGACAAGUAUGUGACAAUUUCUCACAUCAGGCUUCCUUUAAAUGAAACCAGCAAUCAGGAAAGAAAGGACUCUUUUGCCUGUUUCCCUUUGGGGUGGUUUCUCUUUGAAAUGGCCUCCCUUUGCUUUCUGUCCAAGCUCUCUAUUGCAACCACUUUGGUACACCUGGGGAAAAACUACAUGUUAUUGUAAGGUACAUCCCAUAGACAGGGAAGGAAAAUGGGAAAGCACAACUUCCCUAUGGCCAAGCUGGCAAUCAGUCUGAGUGAAGGAAAGCUCUGAAUUCAUAGCCUUCUCUUUUCACCUUUGGCUCAAUCAAUUCAUCCAGUUAGAUGAUUGAGUUCUCAGCAGUUUUCCAGAGGGAGGGGGCAAAACAUCACCCUUGAAAUAGUAAUGGAACUACAAUGGCAGCAUGACUGGAAGGGAAGGACAAUGGAUCGGUAGUAAUUCAAGACAUUUCAAAGGGAGUGGGGGGGGGAGAGGGAGGAAUGAACCACCACCCAACCCUAAAUCCCCUGCCCCCACAAAGCCCUGAAUGGUCACUGGUGAUCUAAAUAACACUUUGGGGAAACAAAGUGUCCUCUGUUGACAAUUUAAAGGCAUCCUCCCAUUCCAUCCUUGCCCCCUCUUUUCUGCCCAAUUAUCUGCUUAAAUUUUCAUUAAAAGAAAAACUGCCAAAGUGGUAGGGAUAACUAUCCACUAGUGGAACAAACUAGCUGCUAAAUCAAUUACAAGCACCUUGCUCUAGAGUUGCUUAUUAGACCUAGGUGAGAUUCCUGCUCUUCCACUGGAUUUACCUUAGAGGCAUUUCCAUGUAUUAUUAAAACCUUUAUCUUUCUUUUGCUGAGUGCUAAUAGAAAUAAUGGAGCAGGGGAUUCUUACAAGCAUAUUGUUAACUCAAAUAUAUAACUGGCUGAAAAAAAAAUCUGGAUGAUGACUAGAUGGCAGCAGAGAUACAACAGAGAUUUCUUAGCUGUUUCUUCCAUGUAGUGGAUUUUUGUUACCCAGAAAGAGUGUCUCUAAGGAAGAGAGUCUCCUCCUUUUUCCAAUGAUGAUGAUAUGUCUUCAGCACUGAAUGCCCCCCCCCCCUUUUUUUGUGGGACAGCUCUGACUAAAACUUUCCACCCGUCUUAAAAGCAACUUAUCUGCAGUUAACAAAUUAAUGCUUUAAUUGCACUGAUGUAUAGCAAUAGCAAUAGCAGUAGACUUAUAUACCGCUUCAUAGGCCUUUCAGGCCUCUCUAAGCGGUUUA